AUGGACAUCUAUAUUCCGAAAGUUCCCAAAGACGCCAAUCACGUCCUCCUACGUUACACCCUUCAGGACGCUCUCCACAGCGUUGACGUGUUCGCAUUCGACGUUCGAAAGUUUUCCAGUCAACACAAUGACUUCGCCAUUCUCACUGUACCGAGCGUUAGCAGUGGGAAUCGAUUUCUGGAUAUACGCGGUAGUCAGGGCCGACGCCAGGCGCUGCAACCUCUUUAUUUUGGAAAUCAGCCGCUCGACUUUCGCCAAAGUAACAAGCGUCGGGAAGAUCCGCUCCAACUCAAGUCACUCAGAGAGAAGCAAGAGAUAGAAGAGGCCAAAAGAUUCAAAAGUCCGACGCCUAUCGCGAAACUUCAGCGUCCGGGAGGGUCGACAUUGUCUUUCCGUACCCUGAUGACAGGCGUCUGGGAUUACGAUCACCUUGGCAAGCUCGUCUUUGACCAGAAACUCAAGGACAAAAGGCAAGGUUACAUUACGUUCGGCAAGAAUGCUCUAGUGAUUUACCUCCGGGCAGAAACCGCCGAAGCCUUCAACUGGCAUUGCAGGAUUGAUAUUGAUUAUGCUACUAUAGAGCACAUCGUUCCGUCUCGCGGCAAUGGCCAACAUGGAACGAUAACAUUCACCCUCAAGUCUCCACCGAAGUUCUACGACAUUCAAUCGACUAAUGAUCUACACUUGUAUGCCGGUGAGCAAGCACCGAACGACAUCUCUGCCGCAUUGUCGAGACUCGGCAUCAAGCCGCCAAAACCAGUUCUUCGGCUACAAAGACUAUGCAAAUUGAGUAAAUCUCACGACAUGAACUCCGCUUUGUGUAUGGUCUACAAGAUCGCCUUCUCCGACACCCGAAGCGUUGAUCUUGCUUGGACCUUUGUUAAGCCCUUCUUCGCGGGACCUAACACAAAAUGGAUGAAGACCAUGGAGCCCACCGCUUUGACGGGCAGUAUUGAACACGAGUAUGCAGUCGUCAACAAGAUGCUUAGCGACUAUGGACCAUCCUUUCCGCAGACCUUCACGUUCAAUAUCCGUUACCAACUGACAGCGCUCAUGCUAGAGGGUACAAUCGCCCCGUGGAAGAUGAAGGAACUGAUACCGGUAGUACAAAAUGCUGCUGAGAAGCAUGGUGCAGAACUCACCGCGAACGCAGUUCGUCUCCUUGGGAAGCGGAUACCAACGCCUACACCGGGGGUUAAGGCGGCAGAUCUUACUUCAAACGCAGUCAGUCGCAGAGGAAAGCGAAUACCAACGCCUGCACCAGCUGUUGAAGCGAAAAGCUUUAUGAUCAAGACCAUUAAGCGCAUUCUUGAUGAAAGCAUCGAAUGUUGUCAACGUCUUGAAGAGCUUUCCCGGAUCUGGGACGUCAAACAGAAGAAACAAAAUCACCUCGCCUUAACAUACAAGGCUACGGUCACACCUACCGGUAUCCUGCUACGCGGCCCUGACUGGGUCGUCUCCAAUCGUAUAUUGAGGAAGUACAAAACCCACGCCCAGUUCUUCAUGCGCGUGUUCUUCGCAGAUGAGGACGAGCUGCCGGUAUUCCAUGACCCACGGGCAUCGCAAGAGAGAGUCUACGAACGCUUUCGAGGCGUACUUCGAACGGGUAUCACGGUCGCCGGACAUACAUUCCAAUUUCUCGGCUUUUCCCAUGCGUCACUCCGUACUCAUGAAGCUUGGUUUAUGGCUCCUUUCAAGGAAGAUGAUAUUGUCGUCCGCGCAAGAGAUGUGAUAGGGCAGGCGUUCUCCGAUACAACAUUCUCGGUGCCAAUCUCGAAAACCGCCUAUGUAAACGAAAUGAAGGACGACGUCACGAGAAACAACCGCACAUUCAGUGACGGCUGCGGAACCUUGUCAUUGAGCCUCUUCCAAAAAGUUUGGAACGCCUUCCAGCCGGACCGUAGAGCACUCAGGCCGACGGUGCUACAGAUCCGGUUCAGAGGUGCGAAGGGCGUACUAUCACUAGAUACGACAUUGCAAGGUGAUCAACUGCACGCCCGAAAGAGUAUGACCAAAUACGUCGCCAAAGAAGAGUGGAGGGAUUUGGAAAUCUGUGGAGCUGCCUACAAGCCUCUCAGAGUAUAUCUGAACCACCAGUUCAUCAAGAUCCUUGAGGAUUUACGUAUACCUGCGGAAAACUUCAUGGCGGUCCAGGAUGAAGCUGUCACAGAACUGAAACUCAUGACGGAGCAUCCUCUGAAUGCAGCCAGCCUUCUCGAAUACUCCCACUCGGGUGAUCUCGCGAGAGUCCCGUCACUGUUUCGGCGAAUGAAUGAAAUGGGUCUAUCAUUCCACGCGGACAGCUUCCUCACCGACAUCGUGGAAGUGGCAGCUAUGUCAAGCCUGAGAGAUAUCAAAUAUCGCGCGCGUAUUCCAAUCAAGAACGGCUACCUCCUUUAUGGCAUCAUGGACGAAUGGAAUAUUCUGAAAGAGGGCGAGGUCUACAUUCCGCUACAAGAUUACGAUACGAACGACAAACUGAAGAGAACCAUACUCGUUGGCGAGCGAAUAGUCAUCACGAGAGCCCCUGCGCUACAUCCAGGCGAUAUUCAGGUCGUCAAAGCAGUCGAUGUUCCAGAAGGUUCGCCCCUCAGAGCACUGCACAACUGCGUCGUAUUCUCACAGCAAGGUCCGCGGGAUCUACCUUCGAAGCUAAGUGGCGGUGAUCUUGAUGGAGACUUGUUCCACAUCAUUCACGACACUCGACUGAUUCCGAGAAUCGUUUAUCAACCCGCCGACUACCCAUCCACGCCGGCAAAGGAUUUGGGGCGGCCGGUAACUGCCGACGAUAUCGUUGACUUCUUUAUCGAAUACAUGAACAUGGAUCGAUUGGGACAAAUUUCGAACAAACACAAGAUUCGCGCUGAUAAGGCUCCUUUUGGCACUCUAGAUGCAGAGUGCCUGCUUCUUGCCAAGCUCGCAUCCGAUGCCGUCGACUUUGGAAAAUCUGGGAUUCCUGCCAAAAUGGCUCAGAUACCGCCAGGUUCUGAUCACAUUCGCCCUGACUUCAUGGCGCCAGGAUCGAACCUCAUCGUCAACGACUUGGGCGCUGCUGAACUCGAGGAGCUUGAGGGUGACGAGCUCGACGAAGUGAGUGUGCUAAAUGCUGAGAAACCAAGGAGUUCAUACUACACAAGCACAAAGGUCCUAGGAGUUCUGUAUCGGCGGAUCGACGAAAAAACGUUCUUCGAUAAGAUGAAGAACGCCUACCGAACAUCUCACCAUCGCCGGGGUGAUGAAACGCUGGUACAGAAGCUCAAGCGAUAUGUGAUCCGAGAGACCCGUGGAGUACAAUGGGAACACCAUUGGGAUUUCGCAGAACAACUCCGUGAAGCGUACGAAGAGAACAUGUUCGAAAUCAUGGACACACACCGUCCGUCUCGAGGCUCACGUCUUACCGAGCUUGAGGUGUUUAGCGGUAACAUCCUUGGCAAGAAAGAUCGUGCACCAUCCCGCUACGUCCGCGAGGCCAACCUCGAGGUUCAAGAACGCUUCAAUCGCGAUGUCAGCGACAUGAUCAAGAAUAUAGUAAUGGGUGAUGGAGACUGGGAUGGCGAUGCAGAUUCGGAGGCGUUGCCGCGCUCCAUUGCGUGCUUCAUGGUCGCGCUGGAGACGGAUGGCUGGGAGAACUACCGCACGUUGAGGAGCUGGAAGUACGUUGCUGCUGCGGUGUGCUUGGAGCAGUUGUGGAAGUACAACAAUGGGUAUUUGCGCCGACUUUGA